AUGACAAAAAGGAUAUUGAAUGUUGCUGAAAAACCAUCAGCAGCAAAAGAGAUUGCAGCAAUAUUAUCAAAUAAAAGAGCAACAGUUAGAGAAGGAUUUUCAAAAUAUAAUAAACUUUGGGAUUUUAAAUAUAAUAUAUUGAAUUUUAAUGAUUGCGAAAUGACAUUCACAUCAGUUACAGGUCAUUUAAUGGAGAUUGAUGUAGUUGAACAAUUUAAACCAUGGGCAUCAUGCGAUCCAAUUCAAUUAUUUGAUGCACCAAUAAGAAAAACAGUACCAUCAGAUAAAGAACCAUUAAAGAAAACAUUGGAAAGAGAGAUAAAGAAAGCUGAUAUAUUAAUUCUUUGGUUAGAUUGUGAUAGAGAGGGUGAAAAUAUUGCAUUUGAAGUAUUGGAAGUUUGUAAAAAUGCUAAAAAGAAAUUUGAAUUUUAUAGAGCACAUUUCUCUGCAAUCAUUCCAAGAGAAAUUGAUAGAGCUUGUAAAAACCUUGCAAAACCAAAUGAAAAAGAUUCAAUUGCAGUUGAUACUAGAAUGGAGAUUGAUCUUAGAAUUGGUGCUGCUUUCACAAGAUUUCAAACUUUAUAUUUAAAGAAAUUUAAAAUCAUUUCAAAUAGUGAUAAUCAACCAAAGACUACUACACCAGCAAAUGGUAAUAUACUUAAUAAUAGUAAUAAUAAUUCAAGUGGUAAAGAAAUUAUUAGUUAUGGACCAUGCCAAUUUCCAACUUUAGGAUUUGUAGUUGAAAGAUAUUUUAGAAUUGUAAAUUUUAAACCAGAGGAUUUUUGGCAUUUAUCAGUGGUUCAUGAAAAAAUGGAUACUAGUAGUGGUAAGAUGAUACCUGUUACAUUUUCAUGGUGUAGAAAUCGUUUGUUUGAUUAUACAGCUGCAUUUAUAUUGUAUGAGAAAUGUUUAGAUAAUACAGAGGCAACGGUUGUUGAUGUUACUUCAAAAGAGAGUAGAUAUAGACCUGUACCUUUGACAACGAUUGAACUUCAAAAGGCGGCAUCGAAAAAGUUAAGAAUUUCAUCAGUUCAAACUAUGCAAUAUGCAGAGGAACUUUAUACAAAAGGCUUAAUUAGUUAUCCAAGAACAGAGACAGAUUCAUUUCAAGCAGGAACCGAUUUAAAAGGUUUGAUUGGUAACCAAGCAUCAAAUCCUGAAUGGGGUGCUUAUGCAAGUAGAUUAAUUAAUAACAAUCAAUUUGUUUAUCCAAAAUCAGGUAAAAACAAUGAUAAUUCACAUCCACCAAUUCAUCCAACUUCAUCAGCCACUGGUUUAUCGGGUAAUUUGAAAAAGAUUUAUGAUUUCAUUACUCGUAGAUUUUUAGCAUGUUGUUCUGAGGAAUCUGUAUUUGCAAAUACAACGGUUACCAUCGAUAUUCAGGGUGAAAGAUUUUCAGAGACUGGUACAAUGGUUUUGAAAUUGGGUUAUCUUGAAGUUUAUCCAUUCGAUAAACGUAAUGAUAAACUAAUACCAACCUAUCAAAAAGGUGAAAGAUUUACACCAAAAAGAAUUGAUCUUACAAAAGGUACAACCGUUGCACCUCAUUAUAUAACAGAGGCAGAACUAUUGACAGCCAUGGAUAAUAAUAAAAUCGGUACAGAUGCAACGAUGGCAACUCAUAUUCAAACUAUUCAAGAUCGUUUUUAUGUUAAAAAGAAUGAAAGUAAUCAAUUUGUUCCCUCAAAUUUAGGUGUAUCAUUGGUUGCAAGUUAUGAAUUAAUGGGAUUUGAAUUUUCAAAACCAAAUCUUAGAGCUGCAAUCGAAGCUGAUGUAGAUAAAAUUAGUAGAGGUCAAAAAACUAAACAAGAAGUACUCUUAUCAACCAUUGAAAAGUAUAAACAACUUUAUCAAUUGGCAAAUCAAAAUAUAAAUUGUUUCGAUAGAUCAUUUAGAGAAUAUUAUGAACCUGCCGAUCCAAAAGGUGGUGAAUUUCGUGUUUUGGUUUCUCAAUUCUCACGUUGUGGUAAAUGUAAUGGUAAAAUGCAAUAUAAAUCUGAUCAAAAUCCAGAAGCACCAAAAAGAAUUUUAUUUUGUCCUCAAUGUAUUGAUACUUUUGAUUUACCAAAGAAUGGUGAUAUCUCUCAAUUGGUAACUUCAAUGGGUGUACCACAAAAUUGUCCAAUUUGUCAAUAUCAAGUUCUUAGUGUAAGAAAUCCUAUAAACGAUAAAAGUUAUACAAUUUGUCCAAAAUGUAGAAAUUCUCCACCUGACCCAAUUCAUAAAAAACCAUUUCAUUGUUUUCAAUGUACAUUUAAUUGCAAUUUAGCAACUGGUAAUAAACAACAACAACAACAACAACAACAACAACAACAACAAACAAAUUAUAAUAGAAAUAAUAACAAUAAUAACACAAAUAGCGCAAGACCAAUAACAACUAGAACAACUAGAACAACAACUCAACAUAGAACUUUUACAGCAUCUAAUAAUAAUUUUAAUAAUAACAAUAGAAAUUCAGAUCGUAAUAAUAAUAAUUUUAUUUUUUAA